AUCGAAAUGUCAUUACAUUUUACGUCAUUUUCACGAAAGUGGGUUGCUAAAACGGAGUGGGUGUUCAAUACAAUACAAAAACUGAUAAAUAUCUUCUAAAUUCAGUAAUGUUACAGUUAUGACCCACUGAAAUAGACAUGGAGGGUGUGCCUUCCGGUGAUAUACAGGCUAAAUACCAAAAAUUAGCUACGGAAUAUUCUAAGCUCCGAGUGCAUGUGAAGGUAUUGAAAAAAGGCGUUCUAGACGAGCAAGCAAAGUCCAACGAGCUGCGAGACUCUUUGAAAGAAAAAGAAAAAUGUUUACGAAAAGGUGAAUUGGAGAUAGAUUCAUUGACGUUCAGGAAUCAGCAGCUGACGAAGCGCGUGUCCGUCCUUCAAGACGAGCUGGACGCGUUGCAGUUGAAAUUAUCAAAGAAGUCGAAACACAAAGGUGAGGACAAGCAAGCAACAGUCAGUAAUGCAGCUCCUUUAGAUUCUGGACUACUACAAGAGGAGUUGCAGAAAAAGAUAAUUGAAAAUGCUCAAUAUGCAUCGCAGCUUGCAGACAAAACCUUUGAAGUAUCACAACUCACAGCCUCAAUAGAAGAUUACCAAAAGCAUAUAAAUGAAACGGACAGUAGAUAUAAAUGUGAAAUAGCUAAGUUGAGGAAUAAAAACCAAGAGUUGCAGUUUGCACUAGAAGAGGCACAGAAAGAUCGGCUUGGCGGCACUCCAAAUAAGGUGCAUAUGCCAAGCAGUAGUCAACCAACUAGUUGUAAUGGAGAUUUCUUAUCAGAAGGUGGCAGUUUGAUUGGCAGUGAAGAUGCUUUAAGUUCCGUAGAUGACUUGAAUAUCAAUGAACAACUUGGUAUAAAAGUGCAUACAUUAGAACAGGAAAACCAAAAACUAAGAAUGGAAUUUGAAAUGCUGAGUAUGGAAAAUGAGAGCCUCAAACUCGAAGUAAGUAAAUAUGUGGCAGCAUCGCAGAAGAGACGGGGAGAUCACGACUCUGGCGACUUCAACUCGUUCAACGAAACAUCCAUAGAUGCAGAAGGGAGGGUCACGGGACUCCUAGGGUCGCUGGAGGUGCCCUUCCUGCUAAACCAGGAAGUGCAAGCAAGAGAAGAGAGGAUGAUCACAUACUUUAGGAAUAAGAUUAGCGAAUUGCAUGCAGAGAAAGCUGAGUUGAAGAGUAAGACUGAACAUUAUGUCAAAGAGUGUGAAUUGCUGAGACUCCGUUUCGACGAGAUGGAGCGUGAGAAACAAACAGACGAGGACACGCUACGCGACAAACACAAUACCAUCAGCAGGCUUGAAGAAGAACUCCACUCGACGUCGCAUAAUUACGAGGAACAGAUGUCGGUACUAACGGAACACGUGGCCGGACUCAACGAGCAGCUCACGAAGCAGCACGACGAGAUUCAGCAUCUCAAGCAUCAGCUCAGUACUAAGAAGAAGUAAAAUAGUACAUGGGCGUAGUCAGGGUGUUGGGGGACAUCGUCCACAAAGUUAGGACGUGACUUUGAUGUUCACCCUAAUAUAUUGUCUACGCCCGUAGUCGAAAGAACUGUUACGGGCAAUGUCGAAGAACAUACAACAUAAUAUGGUGUUAAUUACCUAUCGUUAGAUACACAUGGCUGGUUUGUCUGUCUAGAAAUUUAGUUUGUUCACGCAAAAAACCUAAUCAAUUUUUUUUUAAGUUUGUACUGUCUCAACACCUUCGUUUUAUAUGUUAUAUAAAAAUUUAUGAAAUCUGUAUGUUUGUCAUUGUCCGUAAAGUUAAGAGACGUAAUGCUGAGACUGAAUUUAGUUCAGAAUAUAGUGGCGUCAUGUUUAGUAAAAUAUGAUUAAGAUCUUCUAGUGACAGUAAGUCUGUCUAUUGUUGGUAGUGCAACGGCGGAGCCAGUUCCGGAGCUAGGUUAAUUGGGUGCCCAUAUUCAGUACACAUCUAUUGGGGUUAAGAAUAUAUUUUGAAUACAUUGAAACAGAGGUUUUUAAUGGGCAGCUUAGCGAUUCAAAGCUGUAGUUACUUUGACGUUUCUGUAAUGAAUGUGUCUAACAUAUAACAUUAUGAUGUAUGAUUAUAUAUUUUAUCGUCGUCGUAAGAGAUGAUUAUAUAGUAGGAGAUCGAGACCCCCCAACUCACCACAUGGUUCCGCCCUUGCCAAUGUAUAAAUGUAAAAAAGUGUUAUCUUGACCAAGAUAUGAUUUAAAAGAAUUUAUAUCGAAGUUUAUUAACAUUGAAACACAUGAAGUGCUACUUGGUAAUAUGUAAAAUUAUAUUGUGUUAUCCAAUGUUCCCUUGUAAAUAGCUUUGUAGUGCUAUUUUUAUUUAUGUAGCUCGAUUGUUCACGAAUUAUAAUCGGACAUUAUUCGAUUUUGUGAGUUAAAGGUGUUCUGCACUAUCACCGUAUGUGAUGCGUUUGAAAAUGAAAUCAGUUUUACUACUGACAGUUUCGUUGGGACGGUACUAACUUAAAACAGGCGUUUAUGGUUACUGUCAAAUUGCUUUUCUGCUCCUUCAAUUAUAAAAAUCUACUAAGUAUUUAUACUUUACAAGUCUUAUCUAAGAUCAUCUUUAUAUUCACACCGUACAUAAGUUUUUAACACCCGCCAUAGUGGCCCAUGUAAGUGUGUGGCGUUCCGGGGUCAGCCUGUGUAUAUACAGUAUAAUUGUGUCGACUGUUCAGGGAUAAUCGUCUCUCGUCAGUCGACAUUCUAUUCGACCCCAUUUCACUUACCAUCAGUAGAGUCAAUUUGUCGUGCCCGAAAAAAAAAUCCAAUUAUAUGAAACAUUUAUUCGUUGAUCUCAGUCAUAAACAAAAUUUCACUUGAUCCAAAAACAAAAGUGUAAACUCCUUACGUGAAAUUAUAAUGUAAGCUUAGUCUAGUCUUAAAAUCGCAUUCCUGGCACACAGUAUGGUUUUUGUAUGAUUAAUGUGGCCUAAUUUUACUAUCGGCUAGUGAUUAUUAUUUAUAUAGUUUCCAACCGUUUUGGGAUCCAGCGCUAAUUAAUGGAGAUUAUAUCGGUCAUGUUGUAUGAAAUCUAGAUUUAUAACGAUUUUUAUCAAUACUUCAAUCAGAAUAAUCCCAAUAAAAGGAAUAUUUAAGAGUCCCUUAUCGUAUUGUCUAGCUCUUGCAUUUGUCUAACUAUCUUAUCUAUUCAUAUUUGAGUUUCAUACAUAGGCAUGCAUUUAGAGGGAUAUCCUAGGGGCCAGUGACCGCCUGUAGACAUAUGGUUGAAAUUACUUGAAAUCUACCUUCGUUUUUUUUUUAUUAAUUCAAUGUAUUUUAUUGAAAUAUAAUAUCAUCGUGUUUGAGCAAUGGUCUGCUCGCGGUUGUCUUGUAUUUUUUUUUUUAAUGUCAUCGAGUUUGAGCAAUGCUCUGCUCGCGGUUUUUAAACGCAGGGUUUCUCAAAGUGCGGUACGCGUACCCUAAGGGUUCGCUAUUUGAGGGUAGAGGCUCCGCGACAACGUGGCUUGAUGAUUAGUAGGCACGUGUGGCACUCAUGGUGGCACGCGAAUCGUGGAGCCAAAAGUUUGAGAAACCCUGACUUAAAGCAUAGAUAGUGCUGGACUCCAAACGUGUAAAUUCCCACAUCUGGACGUAAAGAGAAGCGUUAUAAUACCGACCUAAAUAAAUGUCGAUUAUAGUCAGCAAUGGUCCAGGUGUUUAGAUAGCAAAAUUUGUAAUACAAUAUUCACAUAUAUGUUUCUAUUUUAUUUAAUUGGACCAAGUGUGUGAAUUAUGGAAUAUGAUAUUCAUUAUGGUCUUGCAUCUAUAUAAUGUCAAUUUCUUACAUAUUAAAUCAAUGCAUGCUUACGAUUAUCUUCUUUCACUGAACUAUGUUGGUAUAUGCAUUGCUUUGUAUUAAAUCCAUGUUUGACUACUUUAAUCCUUUCACUUUUGAAGUUCAAUUUUCUUCUGACAUUUUUCUGGAAAGUAUAUAAAUUUACCAAAA